AUGCUUUCAUUGUCCCGCACUGAAAAUGUCCAAAUACCGGCGGGGGAAUCAUCUGCGUUUACGUAUAGCCCGCUCGAUGAAUCGGCGGAUAGUAUUCGACUUCUAUCCUUUGAAAAAGGCUGCGAUGGUCAUAGUAUCAUACGAUGCAACCUGGUUCACAGAACAUUUCGGGAAAAGCCUGUGUAUUGUGCUCUUUCGUAUACCUGGGGGCAAGCCACGGAUGUGAACUUUCCGAUCUUCGUCAAUGGGAAGACUUUCAGUGUCAGUAAGAAUCUAUUUCGUGCGUUGGAAAUUAUUGUCUCGCCAUCAUUCCGUCACGACGACAAGGCUCAGCCAUGCACGUUGCUCUGGAUCGAUGCAAUUUGCAUAAAUCAACAAGACCCUCUUGAACGAAGUAAGCAAGUUAGCAUUAUGGAUUUUGUCUAUACUCGAGCUUCGUAUGUUUUGAUC